GACGAGGAAGCGUUAUAAGAAGGCCUGUUAAGUAUCGUUUUUUGGUGAUGGCAGUUCUUUUUAUUCUAUUUUCUGUGGCGAAGUCAUCGUAUGGCGAUACAUAGCGUACCUACAUUUCUAGCGUAAAUUAUCUUUCUUUCCAAGGGAAUGAGCUUCUAAAACCAAGGCAAAGUAAACAGUUGGCUACUUAACUUAGCUAGCCAAAAAUAAAGUUAGCUAGCUAUUUAUUGCAGUUAGCUAUCGAGCUAUCUUAACGAUGGCAGAGAACACGGCUGGCGCUGCAAACCUUCCCCCGGGAGACCCCCAGCUCAUAGCCCUGAUAGUAGAACACCUGAAGAACCGAGGCCUGUUUGAUGAAUUCAGAAGAGACUGCCUGGCAGACGUGGACACUAAGCCGGCGUACCAGAACUUGCGACAGAAGGUCGACAACUUCGUUGCGAGUCAUCUCAGCACGCAAGAAUGGAACCCCUCAAUCAACAAGAACCAAGUGCGUAAUGGAUUGCGGCAAAGCGUCGUUCAGUCUGGGAUGUUGGAGUCUGGGGUGGAUCGAAUUAUAACGCAGGUGGUAGACCCUAAACUGAACCACAUCUUCAGGCCCCACAUUGAGAAAGCCAUCCACGAGUUCCUAUCCUCAGAGAAGAAAGAGGAAGCAGUUUCAAAUUCAAACCCAGAGGCAGAGCAGCAAGAUGCAGCAAGCAGCAACACCACACCAAAAACACAAUAAGUCUUUUUACAGGAUUCAAAGGGCUGCCAAAUAUUUAGUCUAGGUGCCAUAGGACACUGUUGCUGCUUCACAUGGACUUUGACGGACAGAGCAUCAGUGGAAUGGCAUGGGCUUCUGCCGAGGAGCUGCAACCAAACGAACUGCCAGGCAUUUCUGGGGAACCAGCUCAGUGGUUUUGCCUUGAGAGUCCUAGGGUGUGCAAGCAUGUUUUUUUAAAAAACAAAACAAAAAAAAGACAGACAUGCAGUUCUUCAGCCUAUGCACCAUCUGUGUCACUAUGAAACCAUUCAUCCACACUGACACGGGUGAAGGAAUAACUUAAAUGAAGUCAUCUCAUGUAAAUAAACCAUUUUUGCAAAGAGGUUUAAAAAAAUUUUUUAAUGGAAAUGCUUCCUUCCUCGCAAAAUUGUAAGGGGUGUCUACAAAUAAACAUUACAUAGUGGGGAAAAUGCCUACAUCCCUGUAUUACUUCUGAAAUUGUAUUACAAGUGUAAUGGAUUUUGUUGUGGGAAACAUUCAACAUAAUGACAGGAGCACAGCUUGCUGUUUCUUGAGUUUCCCCAUUUGUGAUGACAUACUAAGGAAGAGAGAAGUCACUGGCAUUUUUGCAAUUCCAACUGGACAUUAAGUGAAGCGAAUGCCUACAAAAAUUCGUUACGUUCCUUUCCGAUGCAGACAUGGUGUUGGGUGAUUGAGUCCGUGUGGGAAUGAAGGCUCCCGAUACUGCAGGAAGUUGUUCUGCACUAAGCUGCAAUCAUUUGGAGUAGCAGUGGAUUUUCUUUUUUUUGGGGGGGGGGGUUGCUUAUUCAUGUCUUUCAGCACUGCUCUUUUGAGAAUGUUCAAUGGGUUGAAAUGGUGGAGGUAGACACUUGUCUGUUAGUCUUGGUGGUCAUGUGACCUAGGCCAUACACCUGUUGCAGUAAUUUUUUUUAAUUGUCUCAGAAUGAGUCUCUUUUAACUUUUUACCUAUUGUGGCUAUUUCCAGAAAAAGGCCACUUUUGAUUUUUUUUUUUUCCAACAUAACUUACAAAUUCCUGAAUAAAAUAAACCAAAUUCA